ACUGCCUGAAGCCGAUCUGGUUGUGGCCCGUGCACCAAUCGCAGCUAGCUCCCAAGAAGCUCCGCAGAAAUCUCCUGACGCCAGCCAUCGAGCUUUUUUCUUCGAGCCAAGCUGCCACAGUCAAAAUCGACGACGACAGCGAUUGUCUUAGUCCAGAUUGCAACUCCUCUUCCCCUGCUUGCCUGUUGUAAUCUACAGUAACAAUCCUUGAUUGAAAACCCCUUUUUUAAUUUUUCCUAUCUCUUUUAUCCUUUCCCUUCUUUGGGCUUUACUUCUCGUACAAUCCUUCGAUCCUCUUAUACUUCACAAAAAAGUCUACCAUAAAAAAUGGCCUCAUCGUCAGGGGCCAGGACGCCCCGGAGCGUCUCGGACGCAACCCGCUUCACGCCUACCACACCACAUGCCGCAUCUAAGGCCGGCGAGUCCUCCCGAUUUCAACCUCCAUCCUCAGCCAACGCAGCCGCCCGACCCGUGUCAUCCAAAUUCAGAGACCCCAGGAGACCGCCGUCCCAGUCACAGCAGCCUCCCGGCGGAGGCGGCAUGCCCUCGCCCGGCGCUCACAUAAACGAAACGGCCGAGCAGCGCGUCGCCCGCCUGCGCGCCCAGCACCUUGCAGCUCGCAACGCCGAGCUGACAUUCCUGGACAAGUUUGUCGACAGGAGCCGGCCGAUCUUGGACCGAGUGCACCGCUUUACUGUGUUGGGUCUGAUUGGUUUUACCGCAAUCGCGACUGUCGUGACGGCCUAUGCCGCCUUUGACAUGAUGGUAUACAACCGCAAGCGCAAGAGCGAGUUCAUAGCCGCACAGAAGGAGAUGGAGGAGUCAUCUCUCCAGGCCGCCCGUCUGGCCUACAUGCGUGGCGACGCGACGGCCGAACAGGUCGCCCUGGUCGAGGAGGCCAAGGCCAAGGGCAUCGACACAUCAUUCUUCAGCAACACCUCCACAACGACAGCGACGAAGCCGCCAGCAGCAGUAGCAGCGGCGGCAGCACAACCCGAAACACCCGCGAUGGACAUGAACCAAACGGGCUGGCAGGCUGUUAAGGGCUUCUUAUUCGGCGGCCUGAAGACGCAAGACGACGUCGUGGCAGGGAAGCCUAGGAGCGAGGCCGCGGGCGGUAUCGUCAAGACGGUCGAGGACAAGGCCAAGGCUGCUUUUGAAAAGGAAAAGGAGAACCAGGCCAGCGGCGGCAUGCUGGACAAGAUAGGAACUGCUGCUGCUGCAUCGCAACCCGAAAGGGCUGCGAGCAGUAUCCGUAUGAGCAAGCCCAAUAGCAGCAGCAGUCCUGCUGGGGAUGCCGCGCCCGUGACGGAUGCGAGCGCGGCACCGUCAAAGAAGGGUUGGUUUUGGUAGGCGUCAUGGUAUCAAUAAGCUGGAAGGCUAAAGCUGUACUUGGAGAUCCCUCAGGCGCAUUGCUUUUGGGGUCAACAGGAGGCUCUGUAAAAUCUGUCGACGGGCAUGGUAGAACAAAGGGGAGGCGAAAGCCCAGAGAAGGCAUGUACUCUUAGUUGUAGAAAUGGGUAUCACAUGUGCAUUACGAUGGCGUCGGGGAUUCAGUUCGUUUCAAUAGAAAUUCAACAUCUCCACCAUGGUAUGCGCCUACAUCAUGGCCAUGACAUCAGUAACCGAAUAACCUGCCUUAGGAUUGCACUGUAGAUGUUGGAUGAAUGUAGACAAGGCACCUCUUCGACAUAAUGAAACAG